UUUCGGGUGCUCUAUUUGGACAGCAUAGGACAGUCGAGCAGAGCUUGGAUGAGCCGCUUCGCUGAAAUCCCGAGAUGGAGUUGCUGCUGAUCUGCCUUUCCUUGUGGAUAUUGCAAUGCAAUUUGACCAAAGCGGACUCCAUCAUACACAUCGGUGCCAUUUUCGAGGAGAACUCUGCGAGAGAUGACGAGAUUUUCCAACUUGCCAUCUCAGAUCUGAGUCUGAACGAUGACCUUCUGCAGAGUGAGAAAAUCACCCACUCAGUGAAACUCAUCGAGGCUAACAACCCUUUCCAGGCUGUGCAGGAAGGGAAACGGCUGUGAAGUGGUUGCCAGGGAG